AUGCGCGUCUUUAGGCGUUCGUCGUCCAUACGCGAUUCUCGCGGCAGCUCUAACCAGGAAAAGCCGGAACAUGGAGAUAACUGUUGGUACAUGAUUCCGACUAAUAAGGUAGUGAUUAGAAUUGCUCUAGGCCUGUUUAUAUCGGGGGCAUUCAUUUUUGUAAUAUGUUUAGGGCACACAUAUACCUCAAUACUGAUACUGUUUUUGAUCGGUCGGGCCUACUACGAGUUGGUGAACUUAUAUGACAAGGUGAUUCAGCAGAGAAAACAGGCAAUAGGGGAGGAUGUCGGAACCAAGACAUCGGUGGUUCCUGGGAAGUAUAAGAAGCGUGUUCGUAUAUACGUCAUCACUGAAGCCUUUGAUUUGUUGUCAUUCAUCUCACUUGAAACGUAUUUCCUGAUUAUCACAAUGGUUGGCAUAUCAUUUCCUUGGUUAUUGCCACGCUUGGCCCGUAUGCAUACUAAAGUGGCUCGUGUCUGCGCAUUAAUACUCUCGUAUCACUAUCUGUUGCUUUUCAUUUCAUGUUUUUCAGGAAUUAUUAAAUUCAUUUUAAGCCUCGAAAAGGGGCGUUCACGUCAGCAGUUCCUCCGUUUCGCGUUCAUAAUAAUGGCCUUGUUGUAUGUGGUUAUACAGAGCAUGAUGACAAUCGGCAAUCUAUACUAUGGCAUGAUUUGGGUCGUUCUCCCGCACACCAUGAUAGUGUGCAACGAUGUGAUGGCAUACUUUUUUGGCAAAAUGUUCGGCAGGACCCCUUUGAUUUCUCUAUCCCCGAACAAGACACUUGAGGGAUUCAUAGGGGCGUUCUUCUCUACAUUACUAGUAGUUGCAGUGGCCAGCCCCGCAUUAAUAAGUUUCCGACCUAUGAUAUGCCCUGUAAAUAACUUUGAUUUUACACCUUUUGCGUGGAUGAACAAUGCAUGCGAGCCCGAAGGUAUAUAUAGGUUGGCGACGUAUACACUGCCUGACUGGGCUGCCAACUUUGUUGGUGUUAAGGAGGUACUGUACAAGCCUUGCUUUGUUCAUGUUAUGAUUUUGACACUGUUCGCGUCGUUGUUUGCCCCUUUUGGUGGCUUCUUGGCUUCCGGUUUCAAGCGGGCUCUAAAGGUAAAGGAUUUUAGCGAUACAAUUCCUGGCCAUGGAGGUAUGAUGGACCGUUUCGACUGUCAUAUUUUGAUGGGGACAUUCACAUAUCUGUAUUUGAAGACUUUUGUCAGAAGUUCUAAAUAUAGUGCAGAUGCAGUCAUGAAAGUCAUUAGUCGAAUGACACCGGAAGAUCGCGCCGUGCUUCUAAGCAAGUUGAAAGAGGUGUUCGGAUGA